CCGGAAGUACGUAGAGUUUCCCCGGGAAAGCUCAGUUUCUGCAGGACGGUGUUUUUUUUCCACUGGAGUCACUUUAUAAACAAUGGAGAAGAUUACAGAGAAGGUUUUACUGGAGAAAGGCUCUCCAAAAACCAACAAAUUGGAGCAAAUCAAGAUGCUGAAUCUGUCUAAAAUGGGGCUGCAGCUUCAGGAUUUGCCCGUCAAGCUGCUGUCCCGUCUCUGGUCUCUGGAGCGGUGGGAUCUGUCCGGGAACCGACUGCAAGACUUUCACAAGAGCCUGGAGCUUCCUGCGCUUCGAUUCCUGGACCUGAGUGACAACCAGAUGGAGGACGUCACCACGCUGGAGUCUCUGGUCGGCCUGGAGGAGCUCAAGAUGGACGACAACCUUUACAUCACUGUGAGCGACAACUACAAGCUGAUGGUGCUGCUGCCCAACCUGAGGAUCUACAACGGUAAAGACGUCAGCACGACGGCCAACCACCUGCGCUACGUCUACAGCGACAACCUGAGGACGAGGAUUAUCGCGGUUUGGGAAAAAAACUUCAGUCUCCCUGAUCCAAUCACGGCAGAGGAACUCGUCGCCUUGGAGACCAGCUUCGUCAGCACCGCCCGGCAGCAAGUUAAAUUCGGGCCCAGUUCAGUCAGCGACUUCACCAAGUGGAAGGUGGAGAUCAUGGCGAAGGAGUAUCUGCGCUCGCUGACCGACCUGGACGGCAAAGAGGAAUCUACUGAUGCUAAAGAGAACAAAGGCGUCUCAGCUCCUGUUAAGAGGAAACAAACCGAGUCAGAAACCAGCGACAGCAUCAGACUGAUGCCUCGUAAAAAGCUGCGCUCCGAUCUCCCGGCGUCUCCUGUUCAGGAAAGCCCUCGUAAAUCCAGCCUCCGCCUCAAACCCCUACCGGAGACCUCCUCCACCGGCGCCGUCAGGAUGAGCCCCAGAAAGAGGAGCCAGAGUCCCUCCAUCUCCAGCAGAGGGCGACCGAGAGCAGAGAGGAGCUCCAGAGAGGACGGAGCUCAGACUGAACAGAGGCAGGAAGGCAGCAAGAAACAGCAGAAAACCUCACAUCUGCAGAAAGAUGAUGAUAUGAGUCAUGCAGUAAAGAGCCUGAAGAACACAGAGCCGGUGUGCCUGAAGCCGCUCCAUGUCCUCCAGUGUCACAGCAAACAGGACAAACCCGAGGAUUUCUCCACCCAGCUGUGGGCCUGCGCUUUCCAGCCGCUGCCCGAUUCCUCCGGUGGUGGUGAAAGUCGUCUGGUCGCUACCUGUGGAGGAGAUUCUGUCUGUGUGAUCGACUGUGAAACGGGCAUGGUGAUGAAGAAGUACAAAGUCUCUGGAGAGGAGUUCUUCUCACUGUCCUGGUCCACGGUGUUGAUGUCCAGAGGAGGAAAAGCUCCGGCUCAGCACUGCAGCAUCCUGGCGGCCGGCGGGAAGAAAGGUGUGGUCAAACUGAUCCAUCCUAGAAACAACGUCGCCUACGGGGAGUUCAGAGCCAGCAGGAAGUCGCUGUCGGUCCUCCGUUUCAACCACCAGCAGGGAAACUUCCUCUUCACGGGAUCCUACGACAGCAAGAUUGCAUUAUGGGAUAUCGGUGGCGUGGACAGUCAGUACAACUUCAAAGUCGUCCAGCUGCUGUUGUUGGACGUCAGCGCCCACUCCUCGCACAUCUGUCUGCCUCCCACUUCUCCCAGCACACAUCUGCUGACUGCCUGCGAGGACGGCCUGCACUGCUACAACACACAACUGGGGAACAACAACAACACAAAGAGCCUCAAAGAACUACAUGCACGAUCUAUUUACUUGUGGAGCUGGAGCCGGACCAAGGCUCAAAGGCAGACAGAAGACCAGGACAUGUGUGCUGUAGUUCUGGCCGAGCUGCAGUGGGCCGACACUGAGAUUCCCUACCUGGCCCUCAACACCUGUCCAGGCCGGCUGUGGACGUACACAUCACCAACCUCACAGAUAAACAAUUCAGAUGGGAAACCCAUACAGCCCACUGAGGUGUUGGAGUGGCCGACCCCGAUGAGGGACGGCCUCGGCCAGCUGGAGGGCCCCUCCAUCAACAACGUGGCGAUGGACCCUGAGCUCCGCUACCUGGCGGCCCUCAGCGACAAGAACAUGGUGGUCGUGUGGAAGAGAGAUGAGUCGUCCUUGAUAACUGCACGAGUCUGACGGAUUGCUUCAGUUGUUUGGGACAGAAAUGAUCCGGGCGUUGCGAGACCCUAUUAGCAAAUUAGCCUGGAACCUUUUCAUUUCCAAAAUACCUCUGGAAGUCUGUUUCAACAGACGAAACAUGAACUCUCCAACAGUCUACAUGGUUUUUGUAAGCAAUCAGUUCAAUGUACCACUUUUUGUAUAUAUUUUAAGGUGAGAUAAAUAUAAAAACAUUGAAGGUGGGAUUUUUUACAUUGUUUUUUUCAACUUGUCAGCUAGCACACCUGCCCAAACAGCCCAAAAAGACGCAGGUGCAGUUUAUCUGCAAUCCCCAGGCCACCCAAGAGCCACAGUUCCCCCAGUGGUCCAAGGUCCUUCAGCAACACCAGGUGCCCAAAUACCUGCUCCAGCGACCCCAGGUGGUACACUAUCCCAGCCAGGCUACUGGUCCAAGGUGAUACGCCAGAAGCUCCAUUAGACCAGUCUCUAACCUUAGCAGCUCCGAUUUGUUAAAGAUCUUUGUCAUUCUCAUUUUCUUCAUAAGCUGUUUGGGCAAAGCGACUUUAAUGGUGACAUUAGCAGCUGAAAGAACACAAUAUUCUUGUUUAUUUUUAUUUUUUACAUCAAUGUGUAAUAUGUGGACUUUGGCACAAAACUCUUGUAAUUUGCAGAAUUUUUUAUGAUGCUUGAUGUUAGUAGUAUCAGGACAUCCACGGGAAGAGAAAUGUUCAUCGAUGUCAUGUGACAUAUUAGAAGAUUAGAUAACUUUAUUGAUCCCUCACUGGGGGAAUUUACAACCUCUAUCUGCUGAUUUGUUGUUUGAAACAAAACACAUUCACUCUAUUUAUGUCUACAUCAUCACAUGUAGUUGGCGUUUUGUUUUUUUUCUGAGUCCUUUGUGGCUCAGAUAGGAUGUCAGUUGUACGCCUCAGUAUUAAAUUGAAUUCUUCUGACUCUUAAACAGCAGCAAUGAUGGUUUUAAAUCCACUUAUUUCAGCAGAAGCUGCUCAAAAUAAUCAUGAGAGCCCCUUUAGAUGGAUGUAAGAAACAUCCAGAUACUUGAUGUUCGUAUUUGAAAUCAGUAUUUUUAUUUUAAAAAAGGAUCAGAUGAAUGUAUGUAAUUGCAAAGAGGUCACUGCACUGCAAAAACAGACCAAAAAGAAGAGUAAAUGUUUGUUUUUUGCCUUAGAAAAGCUCCAGAGAACAUGCUAACGCUGCUGAAUGCCUGUGAGAUGUG